GAGGCCUAUGCGGAGUAUCUGAGGAGCAUCCACUACAUCUCCCAAGUGUUGCUGGAAGAGGCGGAGACGAGUAAAAGGGCUGGGGAAACGGUGCCCCCUGACACCUCGAAGAUGCUGAAACUGGCCGAGCAGUGUCUAGAGAGAGCCCAGUCGACAGCUGCCAAGCUCGGGAAGCCCCGUCUCAAGCCAGCUGCGCCCACGACGGCCCCAGUCCCCUCCUCUACCAGCCGGCACCGCCGGGUGUGCUCCGACGAAGGAGGAAAGCUCUCGCCUUUUCUGCCCCCUGAGGUCUUCCAGAAGCUGCAGGUGGUGGAAUCACAGAACUCCAAGAAAGAGCUGACCCCGCUACAAGAGGCCUCCCUGCAGAACCAGAAGCUGAAGGCCACGUAUGAGGCCCGCGUGGCCCGCCUGGACCCCAGCCAGGCUGUGCAGAAGACAUCCCUGACCCUGUCCUUGCAGCGGCAGAUGAUGGAAAACCUGGUGAUUGCCAAGGCCCGGGAAGAGACGCUGCAGAGGAAGAUGGAGGAGCGCCGGCUGCGGCUCCAGGAGGCCGCCAACAUUCAGCAGUCAGGUUGCCCUGACCCCAGAGGAGCGCGAGCAGCGGGCCCUCUACGCGGCCAUUCUGGAGUAUGAGCAGGACCACGACUGGCCGAGGCAGUGGAGGGCCAAGCUCAAGAAGAACCCUGGAGAUCUGUUGCUGGUGACCAGCCUGGUCUCCCACCUGCUCAGCCUUCCUGACCACCCGAUCGCACAGCUCCUGAAGCGGCUCCAGUGUGUGGUGUACGGCGCGCUGUACCCCCUUGUGAGCAGGGGUGCCCCGGACCCUGCUCCUGCCCCUGGCUGCUGCUCUCUGCCCCCCGAUGCUGACGGGCUGCUGGCUCCUGGGAGUCGGGGGCUCCGGCCCUCACAGAGCCUCUACUGCAUCAGCCUGGCGGGGCCACCCUCCCCCACGGCGGACUCCCCUCCCCGCCUGCCGGACCGCGACAGCUCUUUUGAAGACCUAGAACAGCUGUUGGCUGCGUCCGAGCCGUGGAGCCAUGGCCCUGGCAGGCUGCCUGAGCCUCAGCCCCCGACUCCCGGGAGCCAGAGGAGCGCGCCUCUGCCCGAGCAGCUGAAGGGCGUCGUGAAGGACGUGCACAACGCCAUCGAUAGGCUGCUCUCCCUGACGCUCCUGGCCUUCGAAAGCCUGAACACCGCUGCCUCCAAGGACCGCUGCCUGGCCUGCAUCGAGGAGGCCUUCUUCUCCCCACUGUGGCCCCUGCUGCUGGCCCUGUACCGGAGUGUGCACCGUGGCCGGGAGGCAGCGCUGAGCAGAAGCAUGGCGCUCUACAGGAACGCAACCCCGACAGCCAUCGGCAUCCCCGCCACGCUCCUUCCCCAGCACCCCGAGGCUGGGCGCGCCACCCCCUACCCCUACUGCACGGCAGCCCAGGAGCUGGGCCUGCUGGUGCUGGAGACCUGCCCGCAGAAGAAGCUGGAGUGUAUUGUGAGGGCCCUGCGGGUCAUCUGCGCCUGCGCGGAGAGCUACUGUCACGCACGGGAGGCCGCGCCUGAGGCCGGGCCCCAGCCCGCUGCUGCUGCUGCCAUUGGAGCUGACGACCUGCUGCCCAUCCUGUCCUUCGUGGUGCUGAGGAGCGACCUCCCCCAGCUGGUGUCCGAGUGUGCAGCCCUGGAAGAAUUCAUCCACGAGGGGUACCUGAUUGGGGAGGAGGGCUACUGCCUAACGUCACUGCAGAGUGCCCUCAGCUACGUGGAGCUGCUGCCCCGUGGGGCCCUGGGCAAGGAGUGGGGCUCAGGGCCCAGUUCCCGAAGCGUCCCUCCUGCACCUGGGAACCACGGAACCCACUGAGGACUGGAGGAGCCCGCCCGGCCCUGCACACAUGGCGGGCCCCUGAGGGAGACUGGCUGCAGGCCACAGCCUGCUCCUGAGCCUCUCCUCCCGCGGGCUAGGCCACAUCACUUCCAUGGGCCCCGAUCCUGCACAGCUCAGAGAGGCCCCGUAAAGGGAGCCUGGCCGAGGUGCCCCCGGGCUGCACCGACAGGUCCUCCCCAGUGGCUGUGCAGCUCGGACAUGGGCAUCUGGCUGGCCCUGGCACGUCCCACCUUCAUGGACACAGGCGACCUGGGUUGUCUGGGGUCACUGCACCUCCGUCCCCUGGGACUGUUGGAGCUCUUCUGAGCCAGUUUCUUGGAGCCCAGAACGAGAACCUGCCGACCCCUCCCCGUGGGGGUCCGAGACUGUGCUGCUUACUCUGGGGCAGUAAGUCCCUGCUGGCCGGGCACCUCUGCCCCAGCUCACCUGGGUGGUGGGCGGUGGGCAUUCCGAGACCCCUGGCCAACUCCUACCCCUGUACUCCCUCUCCCAGGUCCGUGUGAGCCUGAGGGCCAGCACCUACCUGUCACAUGUCCACAUGUGGCCAUCAGCUGGCCAGAAAUAAAGAGGUCACUGCUGAGGCUCA